CGUGCCUCUAGUUUUUCCCAAAUUAUUUUCUUUUUCUUAUAAGCUAGUUGCUGCUGGUUGUCUUUAGCUGGAAUCUUGAGUACAAAGUAGUACAAAUAGAGAAUGGCAACGGUACUGUUCGCUUCAUUUCUUGUACUCUUCAUCAUCAACACCAGUCCUUCAUCUGCAGCUGCUAGUAAAGCUAAAAUCCUUGAUGUGCUUCUUCCGAACGGAGACUUUGAACAAGGACCAAAACCAUCAGAGCUAAAGAAAACAGUUAUCAUAGGGAAAUACUCACUACCCAAAUGGGAAAUCAAUGGAUUAGUCCAAUACGUAUCAGGUGGUCCUCAAUACGGAGGGUUUUACUAUCCUGUUGCACGUGGAGUCCAUGCUGCAAGGCUUGGUAAUGAAGCUAAUAUAUCCCAAACCAUAAGACUAAAACGCAACUCUUACUACACUCUAAGCUUUGGCGCAACAAGAACUUGUGCACAAGAUGAAGUGUUAAGAGUGUCAGUCCCUGGACAAAUAUCUGGAGACCUUCCCCUUCAGACAUUAUACAGUACUGAUGGUGCUGAUACUUAUGCUUGGGCAUUCAAAGCUAAAUCAAAACUUGUCAAGGUCACUUUUCAUAACCCUGGGAUCCAAGAAGACCCGGCUUGUGGGCCACUCAUUGACCAUGUUGCUAUAAAGGAACUCAUCCCUCCACUGGCAACUAGAGCCAAUUUGGUCAAGAAUGGUGGCUUUGAAUGUGGUCCGCAUGUGUUCCCCAGUCAUUCAACUGGAGUUCUGCUCCCUCCUAAGCAAAUGGAUCUCAUAUCACCACUUCCUGGUUGGAUUGUUGAGUCCUUAAAAUCCGUUCGAUACAUCGACUCCAAACACUUCAAUGUCCCAUUUGGAUUCGCUGCAGUCGAGUUAGUUGCAGGAAGAGAGAGUGCAAUUGCUCAAAUUCUAAGAACAGUUGAUAAUCAAUUCUAUAAACUAACCUUCACAAUUGGAGAUGCGAAGAACUAUUGCCAUGGAUCAAUGAUGGUCGAGGCUUUUGCAGGCUAUGGGACGGUAAAAGCUAGGUUCAUGUCUACUGGGAAGGGUCAGUUCAAGACUGUUAGUCUCAAGUUUCAGGCUACAUCAUCAAGAACCAGAAUAACUUUCUACAGUGCUUUUUACCAUACCAAGGUUGAUGAGUAUGGACAUCUAUGUGGUCCUGUCUUGGAUCAAGUUAGUGUUGUUCCAAUCCGUGAUUAAGUUUUCUUCUUUUUAAAUUUGUGUGCGCAGCAAUAACUAAUGCCAAUGGGAUUGUUAUAAAUGGAACUGGAAAGAAAUAGAUAAAUCGAAUUGGUGAAAGGAUGGAUAAAUAUUAUCCAAUCUGGUUUUUGUGCCAUUAUGAAUAAAAGAAGAUCUUAAAUUUGGAGAAUCUUAAAUUUUUACUCAACUAUUUGGAGAUUAAUAGAGUACUGAAGUCCAAAUUUUGCAAGCCUAGCCAAAAAGGGGAACAUGGUUACUUACUGCAUCCAGGCAUAAGAGGUUUGGGUAAGGCUUCAUUAUGAAAUGCAACCAAGAAAAAUA